AGAGAAGGCUCGUUUCCGAACACUACCAUCGUCUCACCACAAAAUAAGAGUCAGGUAUCACUUGAUGAAGAUGGAGAAAGAUGCCACAGUGCAUCACUCAGUAUUGGAGCAGCAAUGCCUCUCUGCUUGCAGUGUAAUAACACAUUUUUAACAUCUGGAUAUGAGCUUCCACCUCACAUCUGGAACAACAUCCGCGCCCAUAUCUUGCCUACAACCGCAGAAGCUUGUCAAAUUCCUCAGAGAAUUCUCGCUGCAGAAUGUGACCUCGUACGCUACCAAACUUGGCUACGUGCCACCCUGCAGAUGCUAGAAAGGCAGGAGGCCCAAGUCAAAAAAUACAUAUCCGGAUAUCGCUGCUACCUCAAUACCCCCAGUCGACGAUUCCCCACUGAAAUUCUUCUUUUCAUCUUCAAAGAAGUGGCAUCCUCAGUAGCUGACCGUUAUUUUACGAUGACUCUCAGCAUAUCUCUCGUUUGUUCCCGGUGGCGAAACAUUGCACUUUCAGAGCCGUCACUAUGGAGAAACAUAUAUGUGGGAGAGGGAUGUUCUCCCGACAUCAACACGGCGUUGGUGCAUCUGUACAGCAAACACUCUGUUAAAGGGCCAUUACGUGUCGCUGCGAACGUGACGGGCGAAGACGAGGGUUAUCGAUAUGACCCUGCCCUAUCUUCCCUUUAUCAUACAGACAUCGGACCGCUGGAAGGAGGCCAAUCUGCGACUUCCAGGUCCUCUCGAUGUGAGCGUAACAAACAAUGUUCCGAUGUUGUUGCAUACUCUCAAUCUGGAGUUCAUGGAGAUAGCCCCCACAACAGUGCGUCACGUUCUCCUGUGCUCCCCAAUUAUGGACUGUCGCCCUAAAGGGUGUAUAGGUCCAGGAAGUCGAGCUCCCACGGGCACAGAUUAAGACGCUCGAAUUUGGUGGAGGUUGCUCCAACUGUCCGUUUGAUUGGGCAAUAAUGAGCGGCGGCACCGACGCUUCCAGAGAUUCAAUCCGUAUUGACCGCUUCUCCGCCCUUUCUUGCAUCUCAUGGUCAGCGGCGAUUUCCAGACCGAUAUACCUAAUGUCGCUUCACCUAACCCUCUGGCCGACCGAUUUGUACAUGUU